AUGGUGGGGUCGGUCGCUUCACGAGACCGCAGCCCGUUGCUUCAGUACGGCUCCGGAAGAGCCGACAAUGACGAGGAUGAAUUGCCAGUUCACACGCGCCAUUUUGCUGUCGCUAAUGUUCGUGGUACUCUGGGUCGACUGCCGUUGCGAAUGGUCUUCUACGCGCUGAAUGGUGUUGCCCUUUUCGUGCUGCUUUCGCUGUGCAUUUCGAUGCACAGUACCAUCUCGCGUCUGGAAUCGCAGACUGUUGACAGUGUGGAGACUGGGAGCGAUAUUCGCCAAGAGACAACUAAAGCUCGUGAAGAUCUCAACGCUGGGGCCAUGCACUACAUUUCGAACAACGGUUUAUUGCCGAUGGCGUUGCUGCCCUCAAAGUUUGCGGUGGACUAUGUCACUCCGCGUCAGGACCAGGCUUACCGCGGUACAUGCUGGGACUUUGCUACCAUUGGGUUCCUGGAGCAAUCAUACCGAGCGUAUGGAGUCCGCAAGGGAUGGCUCAAGCCCGACGAAUACGUUGCGUUUUCCGAGCAGGCCUACGGUGUCGAGAUUCUCAAGCUCUGCACCGGCGACGCAGAUUCUGAGCAACAAAAGGCUUGUCGAGUUGCCGGUGAUGAGAUGUGGAUGAACUCGACUGAAGGUGGAGAGGUUCCUGAGCUUUACUAUCUGCAGAGCGGACUCAAAGAGUCCAUCUUCCCGCAAUCCGUCUGCAAGUACUACACGAACCCUGGUAACGAUACGCUCUGUCCUGGGCUCGAAGCUGCUCAAGCAGCCGGAAACCCGCUGAAGUUUGAAUUAUCGAGCAUGACAACCAAGUACGAAGACAUGUCUGUGAGAGAGCACCUUGUAAGGAAGAACCAGGCAAUGCCCCUCUCUACUCCGAUUGCAAUGAUCACGCACUACUAUCCGUGCAUUGGUGCAUUCGCCAGCAAUCAUCACUGUCAGCCUGAAACCUGCACGCUGUGUCCUGGAGACAUGGCCACCACAACAUGCUGUAUCCCGCUGAAAGGCGGCAGGAAUCGCAACAUGGAAGGAGAGUUUUUUAGUCAUCGCAGCAUGUCAAUUGAAGGCGGUCAUGCCAUGCUUCUUGUCGGCUACAAUGAUGCGUUUUUGACCCGGGAAGGCUUCACCGGUGGACUUAUAGUGAAGAACUCGUGGGCGGACGGACCUACGCAGGGCAGCCAUUCGCUCGCGUAUUGGAUGCAGCAGGUUUCUGACUGGGAAGAGCGUUCAGUCUGCCCCAACAGCUACAACCCGUUUAACUGGUAUCAGUGCGGUAAUGAAGGCAUUUCAUCCAAACAAGACGGGAAUGAAACCCAGGAAUACAACGAGGGUGUAGAGGACUGCCUCUCGGAGGAGACGAAGACAUUCGCGGAUGUCAACAUUCAACCACUGCAGUUGAAAUGCAAAGACCCGGAACUCUGUCGUGUGGACGGUGACUUCACAUAUUUCGUUCGCAACACGACAGACUGGGGCGACCGCAUGACCGUCAUGUGUCUGUGGGAAUACUCGGAAAAGCAACACGUCGCGCGAGAGAUAUGCCUCCCACCCAUGCUGGAAGUGUAUAUUGCACGUACCCUGGCUCCUGUUGAAGAGGAGGUGAAGGAGAACGAUACUGAUCGAUGCGGCUUCUACUUCAUCCCGUACGUGGCGCUGCGUCAGUGGAUCGCGCAGUUCCAAGGCUUCUUUGUCAACAGCUUCGGCAUUCAAUGGGAUCCGCAGUCGUACGCUGCCAACAAGGACUUGCACCCCGAGUUCGACUACUCGCUGUUAGAGGCGUCGACGAAGAAGCAGAACCACAGUGAAUUCUUGGGACCAUUCCCGUAUGCCAAGGUCGUCCAGCACUUCCAGUAA